CUUCGUUAUCAUUAUCACCAUUAUUGUUAUUUAUUUCUAGAAAUUUUUCGGAACAAUUCGACAAGCAUGUGGUGCUAAUGAUCACCCAUCAACACCAACAUUUUUAAUGCUAUAUAGUUUAUUAGCUGUUUAUAGUAUUUUAAAACCGCCCCGGUAUGGAAAUUGUACAGUUGACGAAACCAGUUUACCAAACAGAUUAAUAACUAUAUCAGAUUUAAAAGAAAUAUAUAAUGAAAAAAAACAAUCAAAAUUAAUCAGUUUAAAAAUAAAAUUAGACGACCUUAUAGAAAAUGAUGAAUGGGAAUUCUCAGAUGUAGCCGAGCACGAUUAUUCUCAAGCAGGUGUGAUAGACUGUGUAAUAUAUUAUGUAACAGGAUAUUUAGUGAAGCAGAUUUUGAAAAGAACAAAAUGUAAUAAAUGCCGGGAAUCAUUAUUAAUACAUCAAAACGAAUAUUGGAUAGCAGAACAAGAACUGGUUUCAUUAAAAUCUAAAUUUAAUUUAAUUCACUGCAAUAUUCAUUUCUUUAAGAUGAUCCAAUACUUGGAAAACAUACAGGGUGUAAACCUACAGGUGGGCAAUAUUUUAAGGAC